AUGUCGGCCAAGCUCGAAUCCGAAGCUGCCUAUGAGGCCACAUGGAUUCGUAUGUUGCAACGUCAAUUCACAAGGCCUAAACCCCUACCAGCUGAUACCAACCUCGAGGGACAAACCGCUAUCGUCACCGGUAGCAAUGGCGGGCUGGGUCUCGAGGCAUGCAGACAGCUGCUCAAGCUCGGGCUCUCGCGCCUAGUGCUGGGCGUGCGCUCCCAGGCAAAGGGAGAGGCGGCCGCGAAUGGACUGCGCCAGACAUUUGACAAGGCAGAUAUAUCCGUCUGGAUCGUUGACCACGAAUCCUACGACUCGAUCCGCGAGUUUGUAGGUAAGUGCGAGACGCUGCCACGCCUUGACAUUGCCAUUUUGAAUGCGGCGGUCAUCACAACCUCGUACACGACCGUCCCGUCGACAGGCCACGAGAACAUCCUCCAGGUCAAUUACCUGUCGACGGCCUUGCUGGCGAUACUGUUAUUGCCUAUCCUCAAGUCCAAAAAGGUCCCCGACGCCGUUCGGCCGCCCGUGCUCAAUCUCGUGGGGACCGACCUCAUGUACCAACCUGAGUUCGUACCGAGGCUGACCGGUCCGGUGCUGGCGCAAUACGACAGCGCCGAGAACUUUCGCUUUUUCCCCUGGUACAGCGGAUCAAAGAUCCUGCUCAUGUGCUUUGUGAGCCGGCUGGCCAGAUGCGUCGACGCGAACGACGUUUUAAUCAACGUGUCUAACCCUGGACUUGUGAAAAACACAGACCUUGCUCGCAACGGAUCGAUCAUGGUGAGGACGGUCAUGGGAAUCUACCAAUUCUUCUUGGGCAAAUCCGUGGAAAGUGGUGCCUCUGUAUACCUUGAGGCUGCUUUGGGCCAAGGACCAGAUAGCCACGGCGGUUUCGUUAGUGAAUGGACAAUCCGACCAUACCCGGCGGUUUGGUAUACAACAGAAGGCAAGGAGUUCACAGAGAGAUUGUGGGAGGAAACCAUGGAGGAGCUGAACUUUGCCGGUGCAUCUAAGAUCAUAAAAGACAUGAAAGGGUCUGCCGAUUGA